ACCGACGCUGUGCGCGUAGCGCUUCCGCCAACGUCGGCAGCUGAUUGGCGCUCAGCCGUCGGCUCGACGUUGACCACUGCCGUUCUCUAGGAAGUUUCGAGAACAUACACUGCAGGCGGCAAUAUCGGUAGGCGACGUGGGCGCACGGAGUUGCACGGAAGACGAAAUCCGGGCUCGGUGAGCUCAGUUUGGUACGUGAAACGUCGUGACGCGGACGCGAAGGCGGAAUCAGCGUCGUACGAAACGUGCGCGGUCAUUCUUUACAGCGACACUCCUCGUCGUUUACGCAGCAGCAAGAGUGGUUUAAUAUAACACUAACUACUUAACACACUGUGAAAAUGGUUAAGGAGACUACAUUUUAUGACGUAUUGGGCGUGAAGCCUGGAUGCUCGCAGGAAGAUUUGAAGAAGGCCUAUAGAAAGCUUGCUCUAAAAUACCAUCCUGAUAAAAAUCCUAAUGAAGGAGAUAAGUUUAAACAAAUUUCUCAAGCGUACGAAGUAUUGUCAAACCCGGAGAAGAAGCGUAUCUACGAUCAAGGUGGCGAGCAGGCUUUGAAAGAAGGUGGCAUGGGUGGUAGUGGCUUCUCUUCUCCUAUGGAUAUCUUCGAUAUGUUCUUUGGAGGAGGAUUUGGCGGACGGGGAGCGAGGAGGAGAGAACGCAGAGGUCAAGAUGUAAUGCAUCAAUUAUCAGUUUCUCUGGAGGAACUUUACAAAGGAACUGUGCGUAAACUGGCUCUGCAAAAGAAUGUUAUUUGUGAGAAAUGUGAAGGUGUCGGUGGAAAGAAAGGUUCUGUUGAACAAUGUUCAACGUGUCAUGGUUCCGGCUUGCAAGUACAAAUCCAGCAAUUAGGUCCGGGAAUGUUACAACAUUUACAAACCAUGUGUGCAGAUUGCAAAGGACAGGGAGAACGUAUUAAUCCCCGUGAUCGUUGCAAAUACUGCAAUGGAAGAAAGACUAUUAGAGAUAGAAAGAUACUUGAGGUUCACGUUGAUCCAGGCAUGGUUGAUGGUCAAAAGAUAACUUUCAGUGGCGAAGGUGAUCAGGAACCAGACUUGGAGCCUGGCGAUAUAGUUAUUCUUCUUGAAGAAAAAGAUCAUGAUGUAUUCAAGCGUUCAAGAAAUGAUCUGAUUAUGCGGAUGCAAUUAGAACUCGUAGAGGCAUUAUGUGGAUUCCAGAAAGUUAUCCGUACUUUGGAUGGUAGAGAUCUAGUGAUAACCUCACUUCCCGGCACUGUGACGAAACACGGUGACUUGAAAUGCAUCUUGAACGAGGGCAUGCCGAUUUACAAAGAUCCAUUUACACAUGGCAGACUUAUAAUACAAUUUAUAGUCAAUUUCCCGAAGAGCAUAGACCCAUCGCUUAUUCCGUCAUUGGAACAAUGUCUGCCGCCGAGGGAAGAGGUUAUAAUUCCAGAUGGUGCCGAGGAGUGUUUACUUACUGACUUGGAUCCUGAGCAGGAGCAAAGGCGGAGAGACACGAGACAAGCGUACGAAGAGGACGAAGGAGGUCCAUCGCGAGUCCAAUGUGCCACACAUUAAUUUGAUUACACUAACCCUGUAAUAAACAUAGCCGUUUCUUUCAUUUCAAACUCUGUCCCAUUCGCUCGAUUCUGUAUCAUGCUAAAGAAAGAAACAACAUGGAUAUGUAAGCCAACUAUUCAAUGAGCGAGAAAGAUAUAAUUCUACUGUUUGGACAUAUGCAAAAAAAACCAGUGAGUACUGCAAUUAUUGAUUCUUUAAUUUUAUCAGUUACAUGAAAAUUAUACGACUUUGAAAGUAAACAAUUAUCACCGGCAAUCUUAUUAUGAAAAGCUUCGUUAUGAUCAAGCAUUUUACUAGAUGCAUCUUAUUGAGAUAUCUCUUAUGGAGAGGCUUCUCGUUGAAACUUUUAAGCUACUUUUUAGAAUAUAUUUCUGAUAUUUUAUGAAAUGCAAUGUAGGAAUGAAUGGGAGAAUUGCGGAUACCGCAGGAUAAAUACGAAUGGUACUAUUGCAGUAUAAAUAGUGAUAAUCUCUCAUUUCUUGCAUUCAGUGAUUAUCUGAUAGUUUGGUACUUUCCAGCAAGCGACACAGUCUGAUUGAAAUCUCAUUUUUAAUAUAAUGUCUGAAAUGAUAACUUUAAAUUCUUUAAAGAAUAAAUUAUAAUCAAUUCUUGAAAGAAAUAAUUGCAUAUUCUUGCGCCCUUUGUUAAUAUCGUUUAUUUUUUUAUCAGUAUCUGUGGAUGAAUCGAUGGACAUCGUUCGUUCGCUACUCAAUAAGAGGCUUCAUCAAAAUUUCACUUAUUUUUCGCUUAUUGUAAACAUUCGUCUACACAUAUUCAUGUUAUUUCUUUUAAUAGAGGAUUACUAAAAGUAUGUACUUAUCAUUACACAAUGAUAAGAAAAUUUAAAUUUAUUUAGUAAAGUAACGUAAAGGUUUCGAUAUCCAUCGUUACAAUAUAAUGAAAGGCAUAUAUUCUCAAACAUCGCCAUUGUCUCUGCUGUUUGACCAAUUGUAUCGCUCCAAUAACCAGUUAGCUGUUCGACAGUGACUACUACAUUGCUAAAGUUAGAAUUAAAUUUCAUAAAUAUAUAUAUAUAUUUAGUUCAAUUUUAUGGAUUAUCCGUAUACACGAUUACUUCUUUCAGAUAUUAAAAUAACAGCAAACUUGAUUACUCCAAACCUUAAAGUCUGAAAAUUGUUAUCUUUUACAGUUUUCUAGAAUUUAAAAUAACAAUAUCGGGAUGUGUCAAUCGAUGUGAAACGGUAUAAACUAUGCUUGGUUAAAGCCUUAAUGUUAUCAAUUGUAUUAGAGAUCUCGAAGAAACUUUUCAAAGUGGGACAUUAUUCCAUAUUCGUAGUAUUUAAUUUUUUCCAGUCGCUUUUGUAUACUGGUGUGUGACGAUGAUAAAUGGAAACAUAGAAUUUUGUUUGCGAACAAAGCAAAUAAAAUGGGAAAUCAGGUUCCUGUGUGUGUGGACGAUUGCGCGUAUUUAUAAGCAGCUUUGUGCAAUUAUAUUGUGUCGAAUCUAACCAUUUUCCUUUACAUUUGCCGACGCUGAGAGAUUUUAUUAUAUAUUUUAAUAAAAUCAAUGAUUAUCACUUUAGUAAUUUCCUUACUAGAAAUUUGUGUAAACAAAAUAUUAUGUUUUCAUAAUAGAUAUAUUUCUACAAAUUUAUUCGGUCAUUUUCACCAUAUCUUCAUCUAAACGCGCAUGAACAAAUGCUCUAGAGAUCUAGAUAAUUCAUAGAUCCUGUUGUACUAUAUUAAAUUAAUAUACUUUCAAUAUACAUUCACACAUAAUUUACUAUAUACAUGGUACUCGUCCGCAGUUACUAUAGCGAAUUUUAAUAAAUAGCCACAUAUGUCUUGUAAUCUUAUUUAUUAUAGGAAAAAAUUGGUGAUUGAUUAGGUACUUUUUUUGAGCGUCUCAAAUAAAUUUGGAACUGUACAAUGGGA